AUGGCGCGAACAAAGCAGGGCGUCUCUAAGAUCAACAAAGCGCCGGCUGCAGCAGGUCGCGGUCGCGGUGGUGCUCGUGGUAAAGAUAUGGCUAAUGGUGGCGAGAAGAAGCAGAUUGGGAUGACACCUUUAGAGCUCCGCCAACUGAAAGUGGCCUCAGCGGAGUUUCAUCGUGAGCAACUUUUAGAGGCGGUUGGAGGAGGCAAGAAGGUAGACAAACGUCAUGGCGAAGGGAGUUCUGGGGUAAAUCGCGACACUCAUUGUGACGAUAAUGUGGAGGACGGGGUUGAUGGAGAGGAUCGUGAACGGCACGGUGGUGCAGUAGGGGACGAUGGCGAUGAUGACGGUGGUGCUCGCGCGGAUGGUGACGAGGAUGAGGCGGAUGAGGAGAUGGUGGCGGCCGACGAAGAGAAGGACGAGGAAGCGGAGGGGGAUGCCGAGGAGGAAGAGGAGGGGGAUGCCGAGGAGGAAGAGGAGGGGGAUGCCGAGGAGGAAGAGGGGGAUUCGGAGGAGGGGAGUGGUGACGAGUCAGAGGAGGAGGUGUACACCGGUGACGAAAAGGAGGCGGAGGACGACAACGUUGAGGACUACGAUGAUUUGGAAGAGGAAGGGAUGGAGGAUACAAAGGGAGAUGGGGGGGAGAGAGCUAAAAAGAGGAGACGGGGUGGAAAUGGGAAGGGUAAGAAGGCAGCAGGCGGUCGAGGGCAGAUUCGGAGGGAAGACACUUCCGAGGAUGGUGUUGCCACCCCAUCCGUGCACUCUAAUGCCACACCACCCAAGCCCAAGGUUCUGACGGGGUACGUCACCCGAUGUUUUGAGAAGAUUCCUGACCAUCCGAAGAAGAAGCGUCGAUCUCGCAAGUGCAAUAUGGAGAUCUCCUUUGCCGGAACCAACUGCACGACCGGCAGGACUCACAUGCAAGGGCAGCACCUCAACCACUGGAUCAUAUGGUUGCGGAAGUUCCAUGGUGGGGAGGUGGGCCAAAACGACCACUUCCUGAAGGGGGGGUAUGGGAUUGACGACGAGGUUCCGGACGGGGGCGUGAAAUGGGUAGGCGCAAACACUUGGCCAGCGCCGCCCACUGAGGGGGUGCCAGCGAGGAAGGGGCAGCAGCUGAUCACGCAGACCUACCCCAAGCGCUUCGACAAGGACUAUCUGCAGCAGGCCAUGUGCGAGUGGGUGGUCGCCACCGACCAGGCAUUCACUGUGGUGGAACACCCGACGGUGAACCCACCACCAUACCACCACCACCCCCUUCUUAACCACAAACCAACAGUGAUUGUCCCGUAG